AUGGCCACGACUGAUCGCCUCAUCUCCUUGUUCCGUCAGCUAGAUAGGAACGGGAAUGGAGUGAUCGAAAGAAAGGAGCUGGGCCGGGUGCUUGAGGCACUGGAUCCGAUCUCAUGGACAGAUGAGCGCAUCGAUCAGCUGCUGAUUGAGGCAGACACAAACGUCGAUGGCAAGAUCCAGUACGGUGAGUUUGUGCGAUGGCUCUUUACAGACGGCUCGGACCAGGCAGCCUUCUGCCGCUCCGUAAAGGACAUCUCCAAAGGCCUCCGCUUCCAGGUAGAGGCACUAGUGGGCCUUCGAGAGCUUUGCUCAGUGCCCGAGAAGGAAAGGAACGAGGCACUGGAGUUGGUGUUGUCCGUCCUCGAGCGCAUCGUGGAGGAGCUCCGACGGUUGAAGCAGAAGGGCUGGGACUUGUCCGAGGUGGAUCCACCGGAUGAGCUUCCAGCUGACCUUCCGCCUAUGGUUGACCUGCCAAGCUGUGUGAGGGACCUCGUACAGAAACUGCAGUCCUUGCCUGCCAUGGACAAGAGGACCAUGGGUGGCAAGUGCAUUCCGCAGACUCUGGGCAUGGAGGAUUUCAUCAUGGAUCAGGUGGGAGCCAAGCAACUUACCGGGAAAUACUUUGUGCAAGGUGUCAAGGCCUUUGAACUGCAGACGCCGCUGAAGAGCAUGCCCCCGGACAAGGAGUUUGUCUACCACGGCUUGGGGCAAGAUGGCCGCCCAUGCUCCUUCAAAGUAUCUGUAGCAGAGAUACUCGAGUGGCAGUCAUCUUUUCGUGCCUACUAUGCCUCUGACGUGUACGUCGGUGACGAGGGCUUGGAGCUUCUGAGCCGGUCGCUGGAAGGGCUUUCUGAGGCUGGUGAAGAGGCCUGGAAGAUGAAGUUCGCUAUCAGGUGCAGCAAGAAUCCUGUCAUCAUGCGGUUCGAUGGCCGCGUCGUGCCGCGCGAAGUUGGCGAUCCAGUCUCCUCUCGCAUUCAUCUAGUUUCCGUGUGUGGAAUUGACUUCGCGUCGCGCGUUCAUGACCACGUCGACCUCACCCACUACAUCAAGAACUGGAAGGAGGUGUACUGUUUUGAUGAUGAGGGUGUGCCGUAUGUCCGUCACGGACGAGACUUUGAACUCUCCGGGACAUUUGCACAACUCAACGUUUCCAAGACACUCUUCGACCUGAAGAAGAUGUGCCGCCUGCGCCUGAAGGCACAAGACGACCUAGGCAUCCAGGUGGUGGUGGAAGUCGGCCUUGGCCUGGGCGUUUUUGCCGGGGACGCCAUCGGCAUCGGGAACACGGAGAGCUUCAAGAACAUCCAGCUUGUUGUGCUGUCUUUGCACCGCGGCAUGCACAUAAAGUGGCCCAUCUUUCGCAAGGGAGACAACUAUGAGUUUUACGAGAAGGUCUUCAGCCGCGACAAGGAACCCUACACGGGGGCCAUUCCUGUGAUACUCAUGGACCAGGACAUGCAUGCCAUUGCACUAGCCGCGGCUGGUGCCGGCUUUCUGGUUGGCGAGCUGAACCCCGCCGACUCUCAUGGUGUCUUCGGUGAGUACUGGCAAAACUUCGGGCCCGGUACAGAGGAGAAGCUUGCGCUGACUACCUGCGGUCUUUUAACGCAGCACCACGCUGUGAACCCUUUGGUGAUGGACAAGAAGAGCUAUGUCCAAGUGAGUGCAGCAGAGCCACCAAAAUCUGAGCCAAAGUAG